AUUCACCUAACUUCCUAGAAAACCACGUAACAUUGCAUGUGCCCAAUUUUCUCUUAUGCAACCCCAAUCAAUUCAUUGUUAAUGAGUGAAUCGACUUAAUGAAAUCUCUAGGCUCUUAUCAUAUCAAUUCUCUUUAAAUAUGCCCACUUCUUCCCUUCUAUGCAAUCUCUCUCUCUCCUCUCUCUUUCCUCUCUGCCUAUAAAAACCUUUAAGAUCUUGCCUUUUACGGAGAAAUUAAAGUGCAUGCAGAGACAAUAUAUGGGCAAUACAAAUUCCUUGUGUGGACGUAAAAGGUUUUCCGACUACAAGAAAACUCCGAUGGGUUUGGUUGGUAACAAAUCGCCUCAAGAUGGUAUUAGAACAGUUAAAGCUGUUAAGAGUUGCAGCUUUCCUAGAAAAUCAGAUCUUUGCAUCCGUAUAAUUACAUGGAACAUGAAUGGAAAGGUUUCAUAUGAGGAUUUGGUUGAGCUUGUUGGCAAAGACAGGAAGUUCGAUUUGCUUAUCGUUGGCUUGCAAGAAGCUCCCAAAACCAAUGUUGCUCAAUUUUUGCAGACAGCUUCAUCUCCAACUCACGUGCUUCUUGGGAAGGCGAAAUUGCAAUCGAUCCAGCUAUAUUUGUUUGGGCCAAAGAAUUCACAAACAUUAGUAAAAGAACUAAAGGCGGAAAGACAUUCGGUAGGAGGAUUUGGAGGUUUAAUUGGAAGAAAGAAAGGAGCAGUCGCUAUUCGCAUUAACUAUGAUGACAUCAAAAUGGUUUUCAUCGCUUGUCACCUCUCUGCUCACGCAAAUAAAGUAGAUCAACGAAAUGAAGAGUUGAGACACAUAUCAAAUUCACUAUUAUCAAGAGACAAAGGGACACGUGACCUCACUGUUUGGCUUGGAGAUCUCAAUUAUAGGAUUCAAGAUGUAUCUAAUCGUCCUGUUCGAUCCCUUAUCCAUAACCAUCUCCAAUCUGUUCUUGUGAGUAAAGAUCAGCUCUUGCAAGAAGCCGAAAGAGGUGAAAUAUUUAAAGGUUACUGCGAAGGAACUUUAGGGUUUAAACCGACUUACAAAUACAAUGUAGGAAGCAGCAACUACGAUACAAGCAAUAAAGUGAGGGUUCCAGCUUGGACAGAUAGGAUCCUGUACAAGAUCCAAGAUACUGAAAAUAUUAAAGCAACUCUUCACUCUUAUGACUCCAUGGACCAAGUCAAUGGUUCUGAUCAUAAGCCCGUGAAAGCAGAUCUUUGCUUGAAGUGGAUCCACGAUUAGAUAUGGAUCCAUGAAUUUUUUGAAGGGUUAGAUGAUGUGCAAAUGCUGCUUUGUUGCUAUUUUGAAAGUAAACGGUAGGUACGUAGCGUUUAUGUGUUUUCAAUGUAAAGUUCGCAACUUUUCUGAUAAAAGUGUUAAUUUCUUGAAUAUAUAUGUAUCAAGAAUUGUUCUCUGCG